AUGAAUGAUUCUAGUUUAGGUAAAGGAAGAGCAAAACGCAAUGUCCAAGAAAACAGCAACGAGCAUAAAUAUCGUAUUGGGAUAUUUAAUGCUGUUAUAGAUUUGCAACUAAGAGAAUUGAAUGAUCGCUUUACUGAAACAACUACGGAGCUUCUUCUUUGUGUAGCCUGCUUAUGUCCGAGUGAUUCGUUUGCUGCUUUUGAUAAGGACAAGUUGAAGCGCCUUGCAGAAUUUUAUCCAAAGGAUUUUUCUGAAAUUGACGUUGUAUUACUCGAUGGUCAACUUCAAAACUACAUUAUGGAUGUGAGAACAAGCACUGAGUUUUCAAGUUUGAAUGGAAUUACUGAUCUUGCCCGAAAAAUGGUGGAAACAAAGAAAGACAAGGUCUAUUCAAAGGUUUAUUUACUGUUGACAUUGGCGUUGAUCUUACCGGUUGCUACUGCCAGUGUAGAAAGACUCUUUUCUGCUAUGAAAAUACUGAAGACUCGAUUGCGUAAUAGAAUGGGUGAUGAGUGGUUGAACGACUGCUUACUUGCAUAUGUUGAAAAAGUAAUAAUGGAUAGCAUCGUUAAUGACAUUAUUAUGAACCGUUUUCAGAUCAUGAAGCCACGCAAAGGGAGGCUGUAA